AUGGAUCCAAGAAUGUGUAGAAAAAUCAGCAGUAGUGAAAGUCUUCCAGAUGCGGACAAUAUCGAAUAUGAGGUAUCAAAUAUCAUUGCACCGCAAGAGAGCGACGAUAAUUUCAUGCUGGACGGUAGUCCCGAGCCUCAUUCCGUGACAUGGCUAGACAACGAUCAAAUAGAUGAUUUAGAUCUUAAUUUAGACCCAACCAAUCUCUGUUUUCAUAGAGUUGAUAGCGCAGAUAUUAUAUAUAGAAAUAAGAAAAAGAAAUGUAAAAUGGUAGGAAAAUAUGUGAUGGGGGAUGUGCUGGGAGAAGGCUCGUACGGUAAAGUUAAGGAGAUGUUGGACUCGGAGACGCUCUGCAGACGAGCUGUAAAAAUAUUGAAAAAGAGGAAAUUGAGAAGAAUACCAAAUGGAGAACAGAAUGUACAGAGAGAAAUACAACUGCUGCGGAUCCUUAGACACAAAAAUGUGAUAGAACUAGUCGAUGUUAUGUAUAAUGAUGAGAAACAGAAGAUGUACCUUGUGAUGGAGUUCUGUGUGGGAGUGCUGCAGGAUAUGUUGGAAGGAAGCCCUGGCAAGAAAUUCCCUCAGCGGCAAGCACAUGACUACUUCACUCAACUGUUGGAUGGAUUGGAGUACUUGCAUGGCCAGGGUGUUGUCCACAAAGAUAUCAAGCCAGGAAACUUAUUACUAACUCUUGAUCAGACAUUGAAAAUAACAGAUUUUGGUGUUGCUGAGGCUUUAGACAUGUUUUCUCCAGAAGACACAUGUUAUACUGGCCAGGGUUCCCCAGCCUUCCAGCCGCCUGAAAUAGCUAAUGGUGCUGAACAAUUUUCUGGUGUCAAAGUAGAUAUCUGGAGCAGUGGAGUUACAUUAUACAAUAUGACAACAGGUCGGUACCCAUUUGAAGGUGACAAUGUGUAUCGACUGCUGGAGUCCAUCGGUCGAGGCGAGCCGGCCCCGCCUCCGCCAUCAUUAGGACCUACGCUCGGAGCCCUACUUACCAACAUGUUGAAGAGAGAUCCAGACCUUAGGCCGACUGUGCACGAGAUUAAAAGGCACUCUUGGGUAAAAGCUCGUCCUCCUUUGGAGGCAGGUGAGCGGAUGGUGACUCCUAGAUCUCGUCGGUCGGACGAGCUUCACACUUCCACUGUCAUCCCGUACCUCGUAGAACGUCACUACCCUUCGGCGCAGGAAUACUUCACUGAAAGAGACUACAGACACGAGCUGGGUGACGGCGGGUCGCGCACGCUGUCGACGGCCGAGCUGUCGGACGCGGAGUCGCGCGGCCGCAAGCGGCGCUGGCACUCGUCGUGCGGCCGCCUGCCGUCGUGCCGGCUGACGUGA